AUGUACAGUAGGAACAUCACCCUAUAUCUUCUCCUACCGCCUGGAUGGCGGACCCGAACAAGAAGCGUGAGCUGUUUUACCGAGCUGUGCGACCAUAAACCUGUGUGGAUGCUGGAGGACAUGCGCAAAAUCGAAAUCUUUAAGUGGGAUCUUGACGGCUUUCAACGGACAUACUCUCCAUCCGAGGCGCUUCUGCUUACCAUUCAGCCUGACCACCGAGCUUACGCACAAUACUUGCUGAAUAAGUUUUCAUACGGCGCUCUUGCCAUGCCAGGAGGGCCUUUUUGCUGCUGGCACUUGGUAGAGGCUGUCCACUUUGACAGGAUAGACAUUAUGUCUCUCAUCCUUCAGGUGGCACAUAAAAUGCCCUCUUCGCGCUCGUACAUGGACGGAGAAGGAUGCCUCCACAAGAAGGACGGCAAAACUCCACUCCAUCUGGCUUGUGAACUGUCAAACUCAGAGGCUGUCCUACUGCUAUUGGGAAACGGGGCUUCACCUCAUCUUGAGGACAACAACGGUAUGACACCACUGGAUCUCACCCUCGAGCAGCUCUGGACCUCCAAAGAGAACACACAUGCCAACGAGAUGUGCCUUAAAAGCCUGCUCAUGUUCAUGCCUCAGGUGAAGUUCGGAAUGCAGAGCGCACUGCAAAAUGAUCGGCAGUGCUGGUCCAGUGUUCUGGGUGAGGAGACUUUUAACUACCUAGUUGGGAGAAAUCCAGGAACACUCUUCCUCACAGCUAUGCAAAAAAUCCUGUCUCAACUGCCUCCGCAAGAAUUUCCACAAAGUCUGGAGAAACUGCCUAUUCCAGCAUCUCUGAAAAGCUUCACACAGUCCUUAACGCAGACCUACAGUAACACUGGCCACACACUGACGGUUGUUUGA